UGCUCAACGUUGCUGGAAACCCAAGGACCAAAUGUAAGUAUACGCCACCUUUGUUUUUGCAGUCCUUAUACUAAAUUUUCAGCAAUAUUAAAAAUUUUGGUAGUCUUUGGUUAACCAUUUCUAAGUUUAAUCUCCAGGUGUUAUUGCAGGGGAAUUCUGUUAUAAAACCAUAGUAGAAAUGUUAACUUAAAUUUUUAGUUUAAGCUUUUUGCAUUUUAAAUGUCUGAUAAAGAGAUAAAUAUUUUAAUAGGCUGACUGAAGAUAUGUUUUAUUUGUAAAACUUUAACUGAAGAAACGAUAAAACAUUUUCCUUUUUAAAAGGAAAAGUACAUUUACUUUGUGAAAUUAAACACUAUAUUCUUUUUAUUCUUGCAAUGCAUAAUAUAGGUAAUCUGAAGAUAAGCUUUCUCUUCCUGGUCUUUUAAAAUGAUCAACUUUGAGGGCAAUUUUUUUUGUAUUUUCAUAAUCUAUAUUGUGUUAAUUUUGAUUCAUUCAAGAAAUAUUUGAUCCUAGACACUGGGAAGACAGCAACAAAAAGACAAGGUCCUUAUUUUCAUGGAGUUUAUAUUCUAGUAUGGGAGAGAGAUAAAAAUAAAUAAUUUCAGAUACUUAUCAAUACCACAAAGAAAACAAAGUAAGGCGGUGGGAUAAAGAGUAAUAGAUUGUGCGUGCAGGAUAGAGCAGUAUUAGGUAUGAGGACAUGAUGUAAUGAGAAGGACCCAGUGGGGUGAAGACCUGGAGGAAAAUCAGCCUCAGAGAAGGCAGAGUAAAUGAAAAGCCCAAUGCAAGCACCAGGUGGGAAAGUAGUGCACUAUGAGAUCUGAAAGGAACGCAAGGACCCGAAUAGGAAGAGCCGUGAUUAGAAUUUUACUGUAAGUGCAGUGGGAAACCUCUGGAGUAUUCUAAGCACAGGAGUGAUCUUAUUUAUGCUUUCAAAUGCUUAUUUUAGUUUAGAGUAGCAGCAGAGAAAUCAAAUAGGAAGUUAUUACAAUAUACUAGAAAAAGUAAAGAAAGCAACUUUAAGGUGGUGGCAGUGGAGAUGCAAAAAAGAUGUGAUGGAUUUGAGAUAUAAUUUAGAAGUUGAAAUUAUAAGACAUUGAUAAAUUAGAUAUUGUGGGUAGGAAAUCAAAAGUUCUGACUUGUACAUAUUUGUGAUGUCUGUUGGACUUGCAAGUGGAAAAGUCAAGUAGGGAGUUGGAAAGUGGUGGAAAGGUAAGUUUAGAAGUACAUGUCUAUGUGGUCAUGAUAUAAAAGAGGUCUUGAAAGUGGGGUGUGGUGGACACAAACCUAUAUCCUAUGAUUAGAUAAUUAGAUUUAGAGUAAACUUUGUGAAAUCUUGUGAAAAAUUAAGUCCAGGCUAAAUAGUUCAAGAAUUCUUACUUUGGAACUAGAACUAGGUGUGUCAUUUUCACCCUCUCUGUAGGUGUUUAAAAAACAAAGAGAGUUUGAGUUAUACUGAGGAGGCAGAAAAAUUGUUUAAUAGAAACACUCUUGACUUUGGCUUCAUACAUACAUAGGUUGGAAUUGUAACUUGCCAUUUACUAAUUGUAUGACCUUGGCCUAAGUAUCAAUCAGUCACUUCAUUUAUAAAGUGGGAAAACUAUGUAAUUUCUCCAGUGCAGAAUUGUUGUGAGAAUGUUUAUAAAAUACCCUGUCACAUAUUAUGUUCCCAGGAAAUAUAAUAGUACUCCAAUAUAUUUCAUUUUUCUCAAAUAAUUCAUUAUAAGAAAGAAAUGGCUUACAAUUUAAAUAAUUAUAAAAAAACUCUCUCUCUUUUAAAAUAUCUUAACCCUAUUUUCAUCAAAAGUGGUUAAAUAAUUUGAGACUGGGUUUAUAGUUAUAGAUAAUCAUUGUCUCAGAACCUUACAUCAGUAACUUCUGUAUAAAAGAGCAAACUGAGAUGGACCUGAGAAUUCAAACUUCCAUACCAGGUAAAAAGAAAUAAUCAAGGAAAUUCUAUAAUCAUAAGUAGAAAAUUAGAAUGAGAAUAGAAAACAAAUAUAAGGAUGAAUGGGUUCUUUUAUGAUGAAGCAUGAGUAUGACCUAUUUUGUCAUAGGAUAGCAUAGUUUCCAUAAAGAGAAGUUCUGCCUUAUGGACUUGGAGCUCUGCGAGGAUGUGGUAGGACAGUGGGCAUAAGCUGCUGGGGAACAGAAUUCUGUCUUUAACAACUUGGGAUUCCUGUGGCACCUGGUUCUCUGCAUGUAAUUAUUCUACAUAGACAUAUAAUGAAAAACCAUUGAUAAAGUGAAUUUUUGUACACUUUCACAAGGUUUCAUCUAGUAGCCAACUAUGUGGCAAUGCUUUUAAAUGAAUUAAGUUUUGAAAAAUAGAUUCUAACCUGGUCACUUUAGUAAUAAAAUAAUAAAUGUUUUUUAUUGCUAUGUUAAAAGUGGUUCAGGAAUCUAAAAAGAUGUAUUUAAGUAAGUACUUCUUAUAAGGAAAUGUUCUUUGAUGUAAAAUCAGUUUCUAAAAAUAAAAAGUUCAAGUUGAAUUGUUCUUUAUUUAAAUUAAUCAAAACAUGUUUAUGAGAAAUUAUUUUUCCAGUAUUUUAUUAAAUUUAUAAAUUGUGUAUUUUGUGGAAACAAGCAACAUACUUAAAAUUUUGGUAAUAUGUGAACCUAGUAUUAGGUUAAACUCUUUUACAUUACUUUUUUAAAUAUGUUAUGCCUUUAAGUUCUGUUGUAAUAAGUUCUUUCUAAGGGGGGACAACUAUAAAUUUCUUUUUCCUUGUAUCAGUUGUGGUAAUUUAAUUAAAAAUUGGAAGUAUAGAAGUAUUUUCCCUAAGUAUUUUAAGUUUUUUAAAGUAUCAUUGAAUAAAUAAGAUACUCUUUUUUGAACUUCAAAAUAGUUAAAUAGUUGAAAUUCAAUAAAGAUUAUAUGCUAUAGAGCAUAUAUAACUUAAAAAAUAAGUUUUAGGUGAUUAAUAUGUAGAACUAUAUUAGCAGCACUGAUUACAUUGAUUCAGUCCAUUGUUUUACUUAGCUACUGGUCCUUUAAAAGAAAAACAGGAACUCUGCCUGCCUGUUGUAAAUUUUCACAUAUUAAAAUGUAAAUACAUUAAAAAAUAAUUUUCUUUUUUGUUUUGUGAGGCUAGAAGGUCCAGCUUAAAAAACGUGUCUGACCUAUUUGUGAUGGGAGGAGCUCUUGUUUUAGAAUCUGCAGCUCUCUUGCACUGGCUAGAGAGGGAGGGUUAUGGACCUCUAGGAAUGACCGGAAUAUCCAUGGGAGGACACAUGGCUUCCUUAGCGGUAUCCAACUGGCCUAAGCCCAUGCCAUUGAUUCCAUGUCUGUCUUGGUCCACAGCAUCUGGGGUCUUCACUACGGGUGUGCUGAGUAAAUCGAUUAAUUGGAGGGAGCUGGAAAAGCAGUAUUAUACACAGACAGUUUAUGAGGAAGAAAUUAUUCACAUGCUUGAAUAUUGUGGGACAGAUUCUUUCAAGAUGGGACAAGAGUUUGUGAAAUGCUUCCCUAACAGUGCAGACAGUCUGGUUCCUAGAACUUUAAAUUUAGAUAUGACGGACCCAGUUGUGUCCUCAAAACCUGCUGAGUGCCAUAAAUCUAGUAAAACAUUUUUAAGUGCCACAUCAGAAGGACUACUGCUGCAAGAUACUUCUAAGAUAGAGUGCUUCAAUCAAACACUUUCAACCAACAAAAGUUAUACAAGUUGUAAUCCUCAGUCAUACCACCUACUCAGUAAAGAACAAAGAGGAAAGAAUCUUCAGAAAGAAUCUUUGCUGUUUAUGAAAGGAGUCAUGGAUGAAUGUACUCAUGUAGCAAAUUUCUCAGUUCCAGUUGACCCAAGCCUCAUUAUAGUGGUUCAAGCCAAAGAAGAUGCCUAUAUUCCACGAACAGGAGUUCGAAGUCUACAAGAAAUCUGGCCUGGUUGUGAAAUCCGGUAUCUAGAAGGGGGUCAUAUUAGUGCUUAUCUUUUUAAACAAGGACUCUUCAGACGAGCCAUCUAUGACGCAUUUGAACGCUUUCUGCAUAAAUAUGCUAACUAAGUGGAUCACUGUAUGUAACCAGUGUGCCAUCAUGUUUCUUACAAAAGGAGUUUCAUCUUUGAUGAUGUGAAAAACAAGCAGACAGCACUAUAUAAUUGCUAUCAAUUUAGUCUGGAAUUCAGUGUUACAAAUCAGUCAACUAUAAUCUUUAAGUGCAUUUGAAUAACUUUAAACCAAUAUUUGGGUGAAGUGAUGUUGAAGCAGUUUGUUAUUGUUUGUGGGAAUCCCAUAUACUCUAUAUAGUCUAUUAUUUCUAAUUAUGAAAACUUUAAAAUUUUAAUUUAUGAUUUAUUUAAAAUAUAUUCAUAGAAACCGUAUUGGUUUUUAUAGAACUGCUAAAUCAAAGUUUGUAAUACAUCAGCUUGUAUUGUAUACCUUUAUAUGAUAUUUCUACUAUUGAUUUGCUUUCAGAAACAUGUUUAUUUCUUUUAUGGAUUUAUAGUGAAUUUACCAUCUUAUUUUCGCCUUUAAUUUUCUGCUAUGGAAACUUAUGAUGUGCAAAAAUCACUGUUAACUUUGAAUUCUAAAAUUGUGUCUUAACAUUUUCUUAUGUAUAUAUCUACCAUGUGUUUGCAAAACAUCUAACUUCACUUUAGGCCAAGUACGUAACAGCUUUGACUUAAUUUAAAAAAUUAAUGGCCAUAGUGAAAUCGCUCUGUCCUAAAUAAACUUUAUUUUUCAGAAAAGAUGUAACUACUAACUUUUUUAAAUUGGAAGAUUACAUGGCUAGAUUUGGUGCUUUCUUUUUAUGAUAAACUUCUCAAGCUGAGAGCUAAAAUAUUCUCAAAAAGUAGAAACUAUUUUUGGGUAUUGUGUCAAGGCUUAGAAUAAAUGUAUCUGAGUUUUACUUAUUUGAAA